AUGGAGCAACCUCUAGGAUAUGUUGAUCCUAAAUAUCCCUCUCAUGUCUGCAGGUUACGUCGAGCUUUAUAUGGGCUCAAACAAGCUCCCCGAGCAUGGUUUCAUCGGUUUAGUGUCUUUCUUCUUGCUAUUGGGUUUUCCUGCAGUAGGGCUGACUCUUCUUUGUUUGUUCUUUCUAAGGGUGCUGAUUUAAUCUAUCUUUUAUUAUAUGUUGAUGAUAUUGUCGUGACCAGUAACAAUUCAUUUCUUCUUAAUACUUUUAUUAGCAAACUAUCCAAGGAAUUUGCCACCAAGGACAUGGGCUCAUUAAAUUAUUUUUUGGGCCUCGAAGCAUAUCGGACUUCCUCUGGUCUCUUUCUCAGUCAGGCUAAAUAUGCACAUGAAAUAUUGCAGCGUGCCAAACUCGUUGAUAGUAAGCCCGUAAGCACUCCCAUGGUCGUUGCACAUCACCUAUCCAUUGAUGGUCCUGUCUUUGAUGAUCCUUCACUCUACCAGUCACUUGUUGGUGCUCUUCAAUAUCUCACUAUCACUCGGCCAGAUCUUACUCAUGUUGUCUCUGCCGUAAGUCAAUACAUGCACAAGCCUUCACUUUGCCACUUCCAGGCUGUUAAAAGGAUACUACGCUACAUUAAAGGAACCUUGCGGUAUGGUCUUUCAUUCACCCCAUCUUCUUCUCGUGAUAUCCUCGCUUACUCGGAUGUUGAUUGGGCCGGUUGUCUUGACACACGACGAUCUAUCUCUGGCUAUGUUAUUUAUCUUGGUGAUAACCUUGUCUCUUGGCGUUCCAAGAAACAACCGACGGUGUCUCGUUCAAGUUGCGAAUCAGAAUAUCGAGCGCUCGUCAGCACUGCUGCCGAAGUCAAGUGGCUUGGACAUCUUCUUCGUGAUCUCAAGGUGAUAUCUUCCUCUUCUCCACUUCUAUUUUGUGAUAAUCAAAGCUCCAUCUUUCUUGUAGCAAAUCCAGUCUCUCACAGUCGCUCGAAGCAUAUUGAGCUCAAUUAUCAUUUUGUGCGCGAAUUGGUGGCUUCCGGACAACUUCGACUUCAAUAUGUACCUACCAAUCUCCAGCUUGCUGACAUAUUUACCAAGAGCCUUAGUCGUCCUGCAUUCAUAUUCUUUCGUUCCAAGCUUCGCAUCCAGGACUCUCAAACGCUAGGCUUGCGGGGGGUAUUACGGUUACUAAUCAAGAUCAAGAACCAGAUCAAGAUUCCAUCCAAGAUCAAGAUCUCUUAUGAACCGGAAACGGAUGUAAUUACGGAAACAUUUCUUAACUCAGACUUAUCACGUGUAUAUGUAAAAACUAAGUUAUAA